AUGGCAUCCCGCAAAGCUCUUGACAGCCCCGACGUCUAUACGGUCGCCUGGAUCGCUGCCCUACCCAUCGAGCGGGCCGCUGCAGAGGCCAUGCUCGACGAGGAACACGCUGCUCCGACUGGUUUCGUCAGACACCAAACCGAUGCGAACAAGUACACCUGGGGUCGGGUAGGAGAACAUAACAUUGUUAUUGCCUCUCUUGCCGCCGGCAUGUACGGGACUACCUCGGCUGCCACCACCGCGUCCAGCCUGCUUGCAUCUCUACCAUCCAUUCGCGUUGGUCUUUUGGUCGGCAUCGGCGGCGGCAUCGCUCGACCGGACGAGAACCACGAUAUCCGCCUCGGCGACGUUGUCGUGAGCCAGCCUGAUGGAACCACGGGCGGCGUCUGUCAGUACGACCUGGUUAAGGCGAAAUCCAGUGACAAGCGUGAGCGCAAAGGCUUCCUGGGAGCGCCUCCGACCGUCCUUCUUAAUGCCCUCGCGAGUAUUCAAGCCGAGCACGAACGGAGAGACUCCAGGGUUCCCGGCAUUAUACGAGAGAUGCUGGAGAAGAACCCGAAGAUGGGCAAGAGGUCUAAGAAGAAUACCGGGUAUGUCCACCAGGGCUUCGAAAAUGACCACCUAUUCAAGGCUACAUGCAACCAUGUCCCUGGGCCGGACUGUCGCGGCUGUGACGCAGCCGACGAAGUCCAGCGCGAGCCGCGAGACACAGCUGAUCCCGAGAUCUAUUACGGCGUUAUUGCAUCUGGCAACACGCUUGUUAAGGACGCCGCUGCGCGGGAUCGGAUCAUUGCCGACGUCGGCGAGGAUUGUAUCUGCCUUGAGAUGGAAGCGGCCGGCCUGAUGAACCACUUCCCCUGUCUUGUGAUCCGUGGCAUCUCCGACUAUGCUGAUUCCCACAAGAACGAUCGAUGGCAACGCUAUGCGUCAGCCACGGCCGCUGCGUAUGCCAAGGAGUUCCUUGCAUACGUGCCAGCCUCAGAAGUUCAGGAGACCAAGAGGGCACUGGAAGUGCUUCAGUCGUUUGAACGUAAAAUCGACAGCAUGCAGCAGGCCACAGUCGAAACGAAAGCUGCAGCUGAUUCUAUCAAGUCUGACUUUCGUACCGAGAAGAUCAAGCGCUGGCUUUGCCCCCCCGACCCGUCUACAAACGCCAACCACGCGAGGAAGCUUCGCCACGAGGGGACAGGCACGUGGCUUUUGGAACAUCCUAUCUUCCGGGCGUGGGAGUCAGAGUUCUGUCGACAUUUAUGGCUGUAUGGGCUCGCAGGAUGCGGGAAGACGGUUCUCAGCGCGACGGUGCUGGACCAUCUCGCCGUGGGAAACGACCGGCUUAUCCUCAGCUUCUUCUUUGACUUUAGCGACACGACAAAGCAGACUGUGGAUGGCAUGCUGCGGUCGCUUGCUUUCCAGCUGUACCAAAGUGGGGCUGUUUCUACAGCUUCUCUUAACGCUUUAUUCCAAGGUCACCACGACGGCCGCGACCAGCCUGCUACAAAAGUGCUAUCGGACGUUGUAUGUAAGAUGCUUGCAAUCCAGAAAAGAGUGUCUGUUGUUCUGGAUGCCUUGGAUGAAUCGACGACAAGAGGUGAACUUCUGCUGUGGAUGAAGGACGUUGCAUCCAGGCCAGAGCUAGGCCAUGUCCAGCUUCUUUACACCGGUCGGCCUGAAUCCGAAUUCCUGCGCGGCAUUUCCCCCUUGAUAGGCGAGGAAAACUGCUUAUUACUCAACAAGCAGGCUGUCAACGCAGAUAUCCGAUCGUACGUCACAGCACAGCUUUCAAAACGACAUGAUUUUCAGGACAAACACUUGUCGCAGAAUCUCCUCGAGCAGAUCCGAAACAAGGUUGGAGACGGGGCCGAUGGGAUGUUCAGGUGGGCGUUCUGUCAGUUGGACAGCCUCGCCCGGUGUCGCCAUGAGGCGGCUGUUGAGACGGCUCUGGCAGCUUUGCCGCGGGACCUUGAUGAGACGUACCGGCGUAUGAUUGAAAGCAUACCGAAGGAGCUCAAAAACGAUGCGAUACGCCUCCUGCAAUUCCUAUUGCACUCCGAACGACCUCUCCAGCUGGCCGAGGCUAUAGAAGUGAUAGCGACGCAGAUCGAAAACGAUUCACCAGGGUUUGACAUUAAGCGCCGACUGUUUUGCGACACCGACGUUCUGGAUUACUGUCCCAGCUUAGCGACAGUUGUCUACGCUACCAGCAAAGAGCUGCACCUUGCCCAUUUUUCGGUCAAAGAGUACCUUCUCAAGAAAGAUCAGUUCAAGAUUCCGAGUGCCAGCAUUUCCAUCACCAGGACGUGCUUAACAUAUCUCACUGACAUCAAGGGCAGUCACGAGAAAAUCAAGCGAGAUUUCCUCAUGGCACGAUUCGCCGCGGAAGUUUGGACAAGCCAUGCCGCCUCGGCUGAGAGCUCGGAAGAUGUGGUUCGAGCAACAUUCAGGUUCCUGGAAAACGAGAUAACUUUCAAACGUUGGGGUCGGUUGUAUCAGGCUGAUCGGAGCGGGGUUAUCAACCCCGGACCUCCACGAGGGUCUAGGCUCUAUUAUGCAUGCCUUUGUGGGCUCGCUGUGGUGGCACAGGAAUUUAUUAGCAAGGGGGCGGACGUCAACGUACAGGGCGGCGAGUACGGCAACGCUCUGCAGGCCGCCUCACAUGGAGGCCAUGAAGAGAUUGGGGCGGACAUCAACGCACAGGGCGGCUGGUACGGCAACGCUCUGCUGGCCGCCUCAGAUGGAGGCCAUGAAGAGAUUGUGAAGCUGCUCUUGGAGAAGGGGGCGGACAUCAACGCACAGGGCGGCUGGUACGGCAACACUCUGCAGGCCGCCUCAGAUGGAGGCCAUGAAGAGAUUGUGAAGCUGCUCUUGGAGAAGGGGGCGGACAUCAAUGCACAGGGCGGCUGGUACGGCAAU